AUGGUCAACUGGAAAAACAAGUUUCUAUCAAGUGCAGGGAAAGAAGUCCUCUUAAAAUCAGUGUUACAAGCCAUUCCCUCGUAUGCAAUGGGGAUUUUCCUACUACCAACCUUGAUUACAAACAGUCUAAACCAACUUAUAAGAAAAUUCUGGUGGGGAUACAAUGAGGAUACCUCAAAGAUUCAGUGGGUAAGGUGGAAUCAACUCAGCUACAGCAAAGAGGCAGGUGGUCUUGGGUUUAGAGAUUUCAGAAGUUUCAACCUAGCUCUACUUGCUAAACAAGGAUGGAGGAUUUUACAGAAUCCGUCCUCUUUAGCUGAUAUGGUCUUAAAACAAAAAUACUUUUCAAAAACUGGAUUCUUGGAUGCAACACUGGGGGCAAGGCCUUCUUUUGCGUGGAGGGGAGUGUGUGCAGGUCUGGAAAUUCUAAGAGAGGGACUAGUGUGGAGAGUGGGCAGUGGGCACAAUAUUAACAUUUGGAAGGACUGGUGGAUACCUCUUUUCCAUCAAAAAGAGUUGUCUCUACUCGACCAGUGGGCUGAGCUGUUAACUGCACAAGAGUAUGAAGCUAUAAAAGCAAUUCCCAUCAGUGUUGGGGGUAAGGAAGAUAGGAUGGUCUGGCACUUCACCACCAAUGGCCAGUAUUCAGUUAAAAGUGGGUACCAUGUUCACAGACAAAUGGAGGUUGAUUUUCAGGGGGAGUCAUCUAGAAAAACACAGGUCAAGCAUGUGUGGAAGAGUAUAUGGAAGCUAAAGACCUCUCCAAGUAUCAAAUAG